AUGAUCACAGUCGAAGUACAACCGCCGUCCCAAGUACAGGCAGGUGCGGUCUUAUACCCGCCUCUUGUUGUAAGCUCCGAGAGCAACGACGCCUAUGAUUUCAUACAGAUCGCCCUUAUCGACCCGUACGGACGGGUCCUCGAGGACCAACUGUAUGGCACAUUAACAAUGUCCGGCAGAGGUCUAGACGACAGAUCUUCUUCCAGAAGCAGCAGCAGAACAACAGAAUAUUUUGUGUUUCCCGAUCUCGUUGUGAGCUACGCCGGUACCUAUUCUCUUCAAGUGAGCGCCAUACGCAUGGAUUACGGAUCUCCUGACGGCGCCGCGGCGGUCAUUGCUGAGUCAACGAUGACAACGCAGAUCAUUGCCUACGACCAGAGCGUUGCUGCUGAAAUUCCUUCCUCUGACGAACAACAUCUCCUGAGGAGAUUACGACGAAACGGCGGGUUUGGAGUCCCACGAGCUCCCAGAUAG